AUGAGUUUGUCCCAGUCGGAUAUCCUUGCCAUCGGCAUUCUUUUGGAUGCGGAUGCAGAAGAGGAGAGGAGAGAGGAGGCUGAGAGUCCAGAAGUGGAGCGCGAACAUUCCCAACGACAGCAUUGGGUGCAUCCUCUAUGGAAAACCCGUGCAGCAGAGGGUGAAUUCGCGACACUGUUCAAAGGACUCAUUGAUCACGAGGAGAAGUUCUUCGAGUACUUCCGAAUGCCGCGCGCAGGGUUCGCGAUCUUAUUCCAAAAACUGGAACAGCAGUUGAGGAAGAAAGAUACGAACUGGCGAAACAGCAUUUCUGCUGAGGAAAGAUUGGCGGUUUGUUUGCGAUUUCUGGCAACUGGCGACUCCCACAAGACCAUCUCCUUUAGCUAUCGAUUGGGGCACACUACAGUUAACAAAAUUGUUAACGAGACGUGUGCAGUAAUCGUACGGACGCUAUUGCACGAGAUGAUUCCGGAGCCCACGAACGACACGUGGACUACAACCGCGGAGGAUUUUUGGACGAAGUGGAACUUCCCCAAUUGUAUUGGCGCACUAGAUGGGAAGCACGUUGUAAUACAAGCGCCACCCAAUUCAGGAUCGCAGUAUUACAAUUACAAGAAAACUUUUUCAAUUGUGCUAUUGGCAUUGGUGGAUGCCAAUUACAAAUUCCUCGCUGUGGACGUCGGAGGGUAUGGGAAAAACAGCGAUGGGGGGAUUUUCGCGCAUUCCGCCAUGGGUCGACGAUUAGAAGCAGGUACGCUGAAUGUGCCCGACAGCAGGGAAUUGCCUGGCAGCGAGAUGAGAGCAUCUCACGUGAUCGUUGGCGACGAGGCAUUCCCAUUGAAAACAUACCUGCUACGACCAUAUCCGGGUGUCCAAUUGUCGCACGAUACGCGGAUUUUUAAUUACCGAUUGUCUCGUGCAAGACGCGUCGUGGAGAACGCCUUUGGAAUUUUGGCACAAAAAUUCCGCAUCUACCACCGGCGGUUGAACGCUAACCCAGAAAACGCGGAUAAUAUUAUUUUAUCUACGUGCAUCUUGCAUAAUUUCAUUCGGGACCUCACUAACGACCAACCGACUGGCGUACCUCACGGGGCCUCCACGUCGUCGGAAAUCGAGCAGACUAGCCUAGAAAAUCUGCCAAAUCAAGGAGGACAAGGGGGUAGGGAGGCGCUUCUUAUGAGGGACACAUUCAAAGAGUACUUCCUUUCGGAAGCUGGCAGUGUACCAUGGCAGGAGGAAUUAGCUUGA